CAAAGUUAUUUAAACAGAGUUUACUUAAUCGUUGUGAACUUUGGUAUUCCUUCACCUUGAAAACGGAUUCCACCUGUAGCAGUUCGUCUGAAACCUGAAACAUCUUUGCCUAUUUAUGUUUUUCUUGUGACAUAAAGACCAUGUAGGGUACUUCAGUGUACUCAUAAAUAAAUGUUUUAAUUAUCUGUUAUUUAGUUUGUGGUAGCGUUGUAGCUAUACCGUGUAUAUGAACAAACACUGCAAAAUAUAAAAGGGGGGUGCAAAAUAUAAAAACCUAUCAAAGUGCUUAUCUUGUGAGUUUGCAGUAUGGACAGAGGAAACUCGCGGACAACAUAGGCUAUUUAAUCCUAACUCUGUUCAUUUCAGGGAGCUUUUCACAAAAGGAAUAGCCGUAUUGGCUCCGGUGCGUCUGAAAGCACCCACGUUCCUUCGCUAUUUGUAUCCCAGCAACUGUUUCAAUGAAUGGCUGGCUGAACAAAUCCUAUUACUUAAAGAACUAACUCUACUCUAGACCAUGGUAUCCAGCAGGGGAUGUUUUAAAAAAAAAAAUUUUUUUAAUUUAUUUAUUUAAUACACUGCACGCUUUUUAUUCAGGAAUCCACGAGAGAUCUACCAGGAGAACACUAAUAUGUUUAUUGAAAUAUAACAUUGUCUACGUUUUCUGUUCACACAAUGGCAUGGUUUGCGCAUAUAGUAGUGUAGAAACUGUAAAAGUGGAAUGAAUGAAAAUAAAUAAAUAUACAUACAUACAUACAUACAUACACAUUACAUGCUUUUGUGUCACCACGGAAAUUGUCUUUGGCAGCUUUCCGCUUAAAACAGGGUAGCCUUUGCUUCCCGAUUCCAAAAGUGAAGCGUUAGUUAGCCCCGUAAGGAAAACAAAUCAAGGCUGCUUUUGUGUAAUAUUUCAUCACUUACGACCCAGACAUUAAAUUACUUUUUUUCGCCGAGGUCAGGAAUUCCAUUCUUUGAGAUGUAGAACAUUUUUGAAAGCCAUCACUUAAUGAUAUAGCUAAUUGUUCUACAUUUGUAUGUGUUGCACACAAACUGUUCGCAUUGCUCGAAGCAGCUGCUCUCUACGCAAGCGUAUUAUCGGAUCUCCGCCCUCUACCUGAAACAAACGCACCUGGAUCCAACGAGACGGAAGUAGUUUGCAGAGAUUACCCAAUCUACCAACGAUAACUGUACCAUAACGUUUUUGAAGACCGCAAUCGCGGAUUUCAAUUGCUGUUCAAUUGUAGGGAUACUAGUUGUGCAACGCUGGAAACUACUCUACAGAGGCUGAGAUCAACCAACUCUUAAAAUGCGUUUUAUGUCGCGCUGUGCGUUGAUAAGGCUUAACUAUCCAUGGUGCCUCCGACUUUGUGCCUGUUUUCGUUAAGCUCUGCCUAACUUAUCGCUCGGAAACUUCUGGCAAACAUGGCUGCGUUUCGGAGGCUUCUGAGGAGGCGGGUGCACCCCUGGAAACUGGUCCUUGUGGCCCUUGUGUUUGCCACAUUUCUGCUGCUGAUCCAGCGGGAGGUGGUCAGUCAGAGCCCCAAGGAGGAGCCCUGGCUGAAGGAGAUGGCAGACAAGCGGGACGCCGUGCUGGGCAUGGUGAUGGGGGCCGUCAACAACUUCCGGGACGCCAUGCCCAAAAUGCAGAUCAGGGCCCCGGUCCGUCAGCCGGAACGCGCCGGAAGCGUUUCCUGCCUGCCGGGCUAUUACACGGCGGCCGAGCUGAGGCCCGCGCUGGAGAGGCCCCCCCAGGACCCCAGCUCCCCAGGGGCAUCGGGGAAGCCCUUCCACGCGGACAGCCUGAGCCCCGCCGAGCAGAAGGAGAAGGAGAGGGGCGAGGAGAAGCACUGUUUCAACCUUUUCGCCAGCGACCGCAUCUCGCUGAGCCGCGACCUGGGACCCGACACCAGGCCCCCGGAGUGCAUCGAGCAGACGUUCAAACGCUGCCCGCCCAUGAUGACCACCAGCGUGAUCAUCGUCUUUCACAACGAGGCGUGGAGCACCCUCCUCCGGACGGUGUACAGCGUCCUCCAUACCUCCCCCGCCAUCUUCCUGAAGGAGAUCAUCCUGGUGGACGACGCCAGCGCGGACGAGGCCCUGAAGGAUGAGCUGGAUAAUUACCUGCGGCAGCUGCACGUGGUGCGGGUCGUGCGUCAGCGGGAGAGGAAGGGCCUUAUCACCGCUCGGCUGCUGGGCGCCUCGGUGGCCACCGGCGACAUCCUCGCCUUCCUCGACGCUCACUGCGAGUGUUUCCAGGGCUGGCUGGAGCCUUUGCUUGCCAGGAUCGCGGAGAACUCCACGGCCGUGGUGAGCCCCGACAUCACCACCAUCGACCUGAACACCUUCGAGUUCAUGAAGCCCUCCCCCUACGGACAGAACCACAACCGGGGCAACUUCGACUGGGGCCUGUCCUUCGGCUGGGAGAGCCUGCCCGACCACGAGAAGCACAGGAGGAGAGACGAGACCUAUCCCAUCAAAACGCCCACUUUUGCCGGCGGACUCUUCGCAAUCUCAAAAGAGUACUUCUACCGCAUCGGGAGCUACGACGAAGAAAUGGAAAUCUGGGGCGGAGAAAACAUUGAAAUGUCUUUCAGGGUGUGGCAGUGCGGGGGGCAACUGGAGAUCCUCCCGUGCUCCGUCGUGGGGCACGUUUUCCGCACCAAGAGCCCCCACACCUUCCCCAAGGGCACCCAGGUGAUCGCGCGCAACCAGGUGCGCCUGGCCGAGGUCUGGAUGGACGAGUACAAGGAGAUCUUCUACCGCAGAAACCAGCAGGCUGCACAGAUAGCCAGAGAGCGGUCGUUCGGAGACGUCUCCCGGCGCAUGGACCUCCGACGGAGGCUGGAGUGCAGGAGCUUCUCCUGGUAUCUGAAGAACGUUUAUCCGGAGGUGUUCAUGCCUGACCUCAGCCCGCUGCAGUUUGGCGCGGUAAAGAAUCUAGGGAAGGACUCCUGUCUGGAUGCAGGCGAGAACAACGAGGGUGGCAAAGAGCUGAUCAUGUAUCCCUGCCACGGACUGGGCGGAAACCAGUAUUUCGAGUACUCCACGCACCACGAGCUCCGGCACAACAUCCAGAAGGAGCUGUGUCUCCACGGCACGGAAGGGACGGUGAAGCUGGAGGACUGCCAGUACAGGGGUCACGACACCUUCGCCCGCGUCGAGCAGAAGUGGGAGUUGAAGGAGAGCCAGUUGCUGGUGAACCCCGGGUGGCAGCUGUGCCUGAGUGCUCGGCACGAGCACCCCUCUCUGGUGCCCUGCAACCCCACGGACCGCUACCAGCAGUGGGCGUUCACCUGAGAAACCGCCGGAACGUCUCCGCGGCUCCGCCAGGCGGCUGGAGAUACUCGGCUGGAGAUGCGCGGCCAUCCAACGGCCCACUUUUCCGAGGAACGUUUAGCGUUUUCGUUCUUAAUUUAUUUUCAUAGGCGAAACAAACAUUACUGGAUAGUUUUGAACUCUGAAGAGGAAAGCUAACCAGCAGGAAGGAUGCGGACAGGGUUCUACUGAAGUUUUACGUUUUUGCCCUUUGGCAACUUUUUUACUGAAUGAUUUAUUUUAUCAUAGUUUGAUUAUUUACUAACAACCGUCACCAUGAUUGCAGGGGUUGGUGUUAUUUGGAAUGAACUGCACCUCUACAUCAUAAACAGUAAUAAUAAUCAGCCUCUUGUUAAAUUAACAAAACUUUACAGUGAGCCUAGGGCUGUUAUGAAUAGUGUACCUCACAAUCUGUGUUUACAUGUAAAUUUAAUUUCAUCUUUUUCUUUUAGAAAAGUAUUUGUAUAUGAAACCCAGGGAAAGUGUUUAGUUGGACACACCUGCUACAACAUCACUGGGUUUUCUUUUCUCCUAGAAUCACUGGGAGGUUUAUAAGCUCCUGCAACAUUCUCUCCCUUUUCUAAACCAAUGCUGCAGUGGACUUUGUCCUCGACUCUGUGUGGAUUAAUGACUGAUACAUAAAGAGGCACAUCUGUGAAAAAGGACUCAGUAUUUCAACCAUUUCAUACAAGUAAUGCAAUUGGUAAAAUAUGCAUUUUGGUACAAACAGCCUCGCCAUCAUCAAACAGGAAUAAAGUCUAUCAUUUUCCAUUUCAAAUGAUCAUGGCAAAACAGUAGUUUGUGUAUUGUAACGUUACAUGUAGAAAUAUGAUGAUGAUUAUCAAACGAUGCAAUACUUUUGUCAUAGUAAGAACCAAAGACAAUUUCUAAGGUGUUAGAUGGGGUUAAGUGUCAUUUUCUUUUUUCCUCUAGAAAAUAUAAAGAGGAAUUUAAUUCAAAUCCUGUGUUUGAGGUUAUGAAUGAAUCGCUCCCUGUGCUUUUUAAACGCCAUUGUGUGAAAAAGCAAGCCAGAACUCCACCGCACACGGACCCAAAAUGUCUCCGCAUACCACAACAAAUGCCAGUGUUCUGGUGUGCCUUACAUGGGAGAGUUUUUGCUUUUUAUAUUGAGAUGAUGCUGUCAACUUUUCAAAAGUGUUUUCCCCUCUUAUUUCUCCUCCAGUUUCUGAUUGCUAAUUGUGCCUUGACUUGCCACUGAGCCACGUCUCACUCUGGCACAUUGCAAUUGGAGUGAUGUGCCUUAAACAGAUUUUUUGCAAUAAUAAAAAAAAAACUUAAGUGUGACCUUAUUCUCUCUGCCAACUUAACUCCGCUCAGUCAGUAAUCAGUCAAAGGUCAAGAAUGUGGGGCUUUUGAACUCACCUCUGUUAAUAAAAAAAUUCUCUACAACUCCUGUA